UUACUAAAAUGAGUUGCACCAAAAAAAUUAAUGAAAAUAGCCCCUUAGCUCUAAAUAGUGCUCUUAGUAUAUUCACUGUUCCACCCACAAAUGUUUCUGUCGUUCGAUCUUUUUUCAGAGAAAUUCUGCCCCUUAGUACAAUUACUCAAGACUCCCCAUACCUAUUUCGCUUAUUUAGUGAUAAUCUAUGGACUGAUUUAUCCCGAACAUAUCUCUAUCUUGAACUUUCUAUUGAAAAACUUGGCGCAGAUAAUAAAUGGGGCCCAAUAGUUGGAACAGAUACUAACAUUGCCCCAAUUCAGGGUAUCGGCUAA